AAAAAUGAGAGGGUAUCCAAUCCUCAUCGUCGUCCUACUAAUUGUGUGGACAGAAUGCAGUUUUGGAAAAAAAUAUGCGCUCAAUUCCAUCCCCGAACCGAGGAGUCUCGCCGAUUUGGAGGAGAAGAUGUCAACUAUCAUGGACAAAAUUACGGAGCUUGCGACGGACAACGCACAACUGAAGAUCAACAAACACCUGCAGCUCGACAACGAAAAACUGAAGCACGAGAUCGCGCAACAGAAGCUCGACAUUAUACAAAUGAAGCACGAUAUCGCCCAACUGAGGCACGAUAACGAACGACUGAAGCGCGUCAACGAGAACCUCAACGCACAACGGGAGACCGCUGUGGAGGAUAGGAUCCAAUAUUUGGAGGCCGUCACUCGGCAAAUAGUGCCCCCAACGUGCGAGAGUCUCGCAAAACUUGGUGUAACACGGUCAGGAGCCUACCUUGUGGAUCCAGAUGGGGUGCUACGAGGCGAUCCACCCAUACGAGUUUUCUGUGACAUGGACACAGAUCCACCUUCAACCAACGUUCUCCACGAUUCGAUGGAAACCAUGGAGGUAGGUCAUUGUCCGGAUCCUGGCUGCUACGGUCGCAGAAUCGCCUAUCAUGCUUCAAUGAAGCAGAUGCAGGCGUUGAUCGAUCGGUCGGAGUCGUGCAAGCAGCAAAUAAGAUACGACUGCUUUUCCGCCGCUCUGACGACUUCAGGCACCAACUAUGCAUGGUGGAUGGAUCGUCGCGGCGACCCUCAGUAUUAUUGGGAAGGUUCCCAUGCAGGGGAACAUACAUGCAACUGCGGCCUGACCGACAACUGUGAGCAUUCGACCCAAGCCUGCAAUUGCGAUGCAGAUGCCCCCAAAUGGGAAUCAGACUCGGGCACCAUCACCAACGCCACAGCACUUCCCAUCACCGAACUCCGAUUCGGCGGGCUGCAGUCCGAGGGCCAAAAGGCGAAGCACACUCUGGGAGCAUUGGUCUGCACUGGGCGAAAUCCGCCGAGCAGCCCAGCAGGAUCGUGCUCCUCGCUCCGCCAAGCUGGACACACUGGCACAGGAUAUCACCUGAUCAGCACGAAAAAGGGGCUAUUGGAUGUAGUCCUAUGUCGAAUGGAUCUAGAAGAUACCGACGAAGGGUUCCAGCUGGCCACCGGUGCCCGCAUCGCCGAGGAGCGCGUUUAUUUCGAUGCCUAUCGCAUAUCAAACUGGUCAAAUGCAGGGAUAAUUUCAUUCGAAGGGACCGAGUUGAACAUGGGCAACGGAAUGGAUGUGAACACUGGGAUUUUCACCGCACCUCUGGACGAACGACGGACUUUCCGAUCGCCCGUCCUCAUCGGGUUGCAUCAGUCGUCAACCGAGCCGCAGUACGAUGUCUUAAAAGAGCGAGCUACGGCCGAGGAGGCCAAAGGGGCUCCCGAGUCUUCCGCGGAGCCUCGCCACGGCCACGACACCGACCGAACAGACGGCAGGGCAGCAGGACCCGUUUCCGCCUCUCUCUGCACCGUUCGCAACGGAAGCCUCUAA